AUGACUAUCCUUUCUGCCAUCUCAUCUUUCGGUACCCCAUCUGUUGGUUCAAUUACCAAGUCUAGUGUAAUGACCUCAGGAACCAAGUCAUUCGGUUCAACUCAAUCAUCAAACAAUGUUGCCUGUUGGGGAUGUCAUCGCAACCUCCUUGACCUUAACGCCUAUAUUGGAGUCCAUCUUGGAUCUCUCCUAAACCUCGAUGCCAACGUCAAUGUUGACCUCUAA